CCUACAAAGAAACCUGCACAUUGCCAAAGGAAAGUGGCAUGUGCCUGGCCUACAUGCCAAGGUUCUACUUUGACGUCAGUGAGAGCACCUGCAAGCCCUUCAUCUUCGGCGGAUGCGGCGGGAACGCAAAUAAUUUUAAGAGCUACCUGGAGUGUGAGAGAGCUUGUGGCCCCUUUAAUUAA